UUGAUAACAUUAUCAACAAAUCCACAUGGCUAACAAGACACGGUGCAACACAGAACUUAACAACCCUUCGUUAAUCGUUUAAUUUUUUUGUUUUUAUUCGUUGACGAAACUCUAAUAGAGUGUAACCUGUGUGUUUGUGAAGUCAAUUCUAAUUUUAACUAAUAGUUAAAACAAGCCGUGUUCAACAUGCCUACCCCCGAUCAAAUUUUAAUGAGAAAAAUAAAAAAGCGCGAGAAAAAGAAGUUACAGCUUAUUAAUGCAAAAAUUAACGGUGAUGCUGAAGACCAUGCAGAAAAUGUACCAAACACAAAAAGGCAAGCAAAGAAAAGGUCACAUGAAGAAAAUGAAAAAGCAGUAUCUAAAAAGAAGAAAAAGAAGGUGAACCGAGACAUAGAGCCAGAAGAAUCAGAUAACAGUGAAGCUGAAAAUGAAGAAACGGGUAGUAAUGCUGAAAAUGACACAGACGGUGAACAAAGUGCAGAAAGUGAUUGUGGUAAAGAAAACCAAUUGCCAAAUUCCAGCCUAAGACCCGGUAUAUUAUCCGUUUACGAAUUCUCUGCACUGGAAGGAAAGGUUUGUGAACAAACUCUCAAGAGUAUCAAAGACAUGGGGUUCACUAUGAUGACAGAGAUUCAAGCCAAAACUAUCCCUCCACUACUUGAUUUAAAGAAUGUGGUGGGUGCUGCUAGGACGGGAUCUGGCAAAACUCUAGCUUUCUUAAUACCAGCCAUUGAACUUGUUUAUAAACUUAGAUUCAAACCUAGAAAUGGUACAGGCGCAAUUAUUCUGUCACCAACGAGGGAAUUGGCUAUGCAGACAUAUGGACAGUUAAUGGAAUUGAUGAAAUAUCAUCGCCAAACUAUUGGUUUGGUGAUGGGAGGUGCUGACAGAAAGAAAGAGGCAAGAAAGCUAUUUAAUGGCGUUAACAUAUUAGUAGCAACACCUGGUCGAUUGUUAGAUCAUAUGCAAAACACACCCAACUUUAUCUACAAUAAAGUAUUUUGUGUUGUGAUAGACGAAGUUGACAGAAUGUUGGAGAUGGGCUUCGAAGUAGAAAUCAAACAGAUCCUAAAUCGGUUACGACCGGAGCGUCAAACAAUUUUGUUCAGCGCCACUCAAAGUAAAAAGUUAGAGGCCAUAACAUCUGCCUUUUCGGUGGGAGAUCCACUUUAUAUAGGAGUCGAUGAUCAUAAAGAACAAGCUACUGUAGAGUCUUUACAACAAGGAUUUGUAAUGUGCCCGUUAGAAAAACGCUUGUUGAUCCUAUACUCAUUCCUAAAGAGGACUAAUCAUAAGAAAGUCAUGGUGUUUUUCUCCACAUGCAAUUCUGUCAAAUUUCAUAAUGACCUGUUCAACUAUAUAGACCUACCUGUUAAGUCUAUACAUGGAAAACAAGAGCAGUCGAAACGUACGACGACUUUCUUCCAAUUCUGUAAUGCCGAAUCUGGAAUACUGUUAUGUACGGACGUGGCUGCCAGAGGAUUAGAUAUACCCGCCGUCGACUGGAUUGUGCAGUAUGAUCCUCCAGAUGAUCCGAAGGACUAUAUUCAUCGUGUAGGUAGAACGGCACGUGGUCUCAGAGCAAAUGGACAUGCGUUAUUGUUCCUCCGCCCUGAAGAGUUUAACUUCCUCCACCAUUUGAAGCGAGCCAAAGUUGUACUGAAUGAGUUUGUAUUUUCUUGGGACAAAGUUAUCGAUAUUCAAGAGCCGCUAGAACAACUGAUAUUAAGAAACUCUUCCCUGAACCAGUCAGCUAAAGACGCUUACACGACUUAUGUAAGAGCAUAUGAUUCUCAUCAUCUGAAGAAUAUAUUCGACAUCAAUUCAUUGGAUUUAAACGCGGCCGCAAAAUCCUUUGGUUUCGCAGUUCGACCCUAUGUUGACCUAAAAGUGGCCAGCCUAAAACCUCAAAAGAAAAAAGAAGACCGUAGACAGGGUCAGAACAAAUCUCGAAAGGCACCAUCAAACUUUAAACAAAAAGGAGAAAAAAAUAAAUUUAAGAGGCAACAAAAUAAAAAUCAAUAAUGUAAAAAUAUUAAACUAUUUAAUGUAAAAAAUAGUAGAAUAUCUAUUAAUAAAAUAAAUUUAUUUUAAUA